AUGUCGCCUCCCCUGACAUCCAUCCUCCAUUCGGGCUAUCAGCACCCCGUCACCCGGUCAUGGCAGAAUCAGGGUCGCAACCUGACAAAGUCCAUGUUCAUGUACCCUCUCUUCAUCACCGACGACGCUGAUGCCGCGGUCGAGCUCCAGUCGAUGCCCGGCCAGCGCAGGUGGGGCGUCAACAAGCUCGAGGCCUUCCUUGCCCCGCUCGUCGCAAAGGGCCUCUCGUCCGUCAUCCUCUUUGGCGUCCCUCUCAAGACGCCAAAGGACGCCCGCGGCACGCUGGCCGACGACCCCACUGGCCCCGUGAUCGAGGCCAUCAAGCUCCUCCGCCGCGUCUUCCCGAGCCUCUACAUCGCCACCGACGUGUGCCUCUGCGAGUACACCGACCACGGCCACUGCGGCAUCCUCCACGACGACGGCACCAUCAACAACUCGCCCUCGAUCGCUAGGCUCGCCGAGGUGGCCGUCAACUACGCAAAGGCGGGCGCCCACUGCGUCGCGCCCAGCGACAUGAUGGACGGACGGGUGGGCGCCAUCAAGCAAGGCCUCGUCGAUGCUGGGCUCGGCGGCAAGGUGACCCUCAUGGCCUACAGCGCAAAGUUCUCGAGCGGCCUCUACGGACCCUUCCGCGACGCCGUCGACUCGGCCCCCUCGUUCGGCGACCGACGCUGCUACCAGCUCCCGCCCUCGGCGCGCGGCCUGGCGCGUCGUGCCAUUGUGCGCGACGUCAACGAAGGGGCCGACAUCAUCAUGGUCAAGCCGACGCUGCCCUACCUCGACAUCCUGUCCGAGGCGCGCGACCUGGCGCCCGACCAUCCGCUGGCGUGCUACCAGGUCAGCGGCGAGUUUGCCAUGAUCCACGCCGGCGCCCGGGCGGGCGUGUACGAGCUGCGUAGGAUGGCCGAGGAGACGGCCCAGAGCAUGGUGCGCGCCGGCGCCACUCUCAUCCUCAGCUACUUUACGCCCGAGUUCCUCGACUGGCUCGACGAGCCCGCCCCUCUGUAG